AGCAGGAUUGUAGUGUGGAGGGAAGUAGAAGUUGGUAUCGAGCAUGAGCCUUAGAUCUGUGAUCUCUUCACGAACGAAAGAAAGAAAGAAAGAAAGAAAGAAAGAAAGAAAGAAAGAAAGAAAGAAAGAAAGAAAGAGGAAGGAAGGAAGGAAUGAUACCAUUUUAAAGGAUUUGAAAAGAGUUUUCCAGUAAGUGCAGGCAUUCUUGGAAAGGGCUGCUCUGUUGAGUAUGAUUGGUCCCCUGGGGUUCUGUUCAGUGAGGUCAUCAGUGAGGUCAUCAUCUGAAUCAUCUCCUGAGUGACUUUACUGCCAUCUGCCUCACACACACACACACACACACACACACACACACACACGUACACCACACACACACACACACACACACCAUACACACGCGGCUAGGGAAAUUGUGUUGCAGCAUUUUCUUCAGGACUUUGGACAGAGAGAGCGGAGGAAAGAGAGGGAGCUGACUCCAGCUGUAGGGUUUAGUAGAGUGUCGGGUUGCCAGGCUGGGUGAUGCUGUGGUCAGCUGCAGUGGAGAACAGGACAUUUAGCUGGUGUCGUUUGUCGUCUGUUAUAAGCAUUAUAUUCAAGUCUGACUGACUGACAGACAGAGAGGGACAAAGCGCUGGACAGUUGGGUCAAGAAAGCCUUUUGAUAUUCAAUCUCUGGACAAUACCUGUUCCCUUCCACCCUGGGUGCUGCCCCCCCCACCCCUCCCCCCUCACAUCUCUGAUGGACCAGAGAGCGAAGGGGGGCCCAUCUCUACCUCCACCAUCCUCACUGCCUCUCCUCCCCACAGCCCCACCACAGCAGUACCCAGAGAAAGAGGUAGGCGGUGGGACGAGGAAGAGGAUAGAGAAGGAAGGAGGUGGUGCAGUACUGGAGGUGCUCAUUGAGGGGUGCUGUGGUGCUGCAGGGCAGAGACAGCUCCCAUUCCCAGGCAGAGAGAGGAGCUGCACUGAGGGCAAUGUGAGGCUGAGGAUCGGAGUCCAAACGGCCAAACGCACCAAGAAACCCCCCAGGACCCUGGAGGGCUACGAGUGUAAGCCCACCAUCAGGACGUACCAGAGGCCUGGGAGGGGGAGUCAGGAGGGAGGGGGGAGUGGGCAGGGGAACCGUCCUCAGGAGGAGGGGGACGGAGAGCAGAACCAGGGGUCAGACCCCAGCACCACCCAGACCAGGAAGAUACACUCCUCCCUGCCCCCGUCUUCAUCAUCAUCAUCAUCCCCUACAACCACCCCUCCCAGCCCAGCCAACCCUCAGACUGCGCCAGCCAAACAGCAGGUCCCUGUGAACCUGGGCUAUAAGAAGUCAGACACCCUAACGAAGAAACCAAGGCACCCUGACCCACCUGAUGCCCACAGCAAACUGCCUUCACCUGCCCAAAUGGACCAGGCAACCCCCUCUUACCCCACAGCUUCAUCCCCCCAUUCCCCCCCUCCCUCACCACCCCAUUCCCCCUUGGUAAAGGACCCUAGCGGUGAGGGAGGUAUGCUGAAUGGGGGAGUACCUACAGUCACCUGCCAUCCUACCAGACUCACAAAGGUCAAAGGUCGCAAACAGAACUGUUCUUCCUCAGCCGCCCCCAAUAAUGUGAACUCAACUACAAGACCUCCAGCCUCCAGCUCCCAUCAGGCUGACCUUGCAGCCCAGGACAGGACUACAGGCUUCAGCUGCCCUCCUACACCACCUCCAUUCACAACCCUACUUCUAGACCAGAGAGGAGCCCCAGUGGCUGAUGGGAGACUGAGUCUUGCUGCCUCCCUCACCAGCCUGAGCAGGGGCCCAUUACUACCGUCCUCUGUGGGAAAUGAGAGAGGGAAGGAGGAGAAAGCCAAGAAGAAGAAAGAGAAAGAUGACAAAGCGAGGGGUGAGAAAGGGAAGGGUAAGAGAGGGGAGAAGGGGAGAGGGAAGGAGGACAGAGGGAGGAAUGAGAGUCCAAAGAUGGACAGAGAUGAGAGAGGGAAGGAGGGAACUGGGAUGGAUGAAAGCGGGAGGGAUAUGACAGGGAAGGAGGAGAGAAAUGGGGACGAGGACAAGGAAAGAGAGAAGCCCAGAGACUUGAGGAUGAAUAAAUCGCCCUCUUCUACAAAGUGUCAGAUGUCUGAGGUUCAGAGCAGGAAGACAGGUACACCCAGCCCAGACCUGACCAGCGGAACAGGGGUAUCAGAUGAUACUGGUGCCCCCUCAAGACCCACCGUCUCUCCCUCCAACCCAUCCACUGCCUCCUCUCCCCUCACUUCCCUCCCUCCUCCCUCUCUCUCUGUCCACUCUUCCUCUCCUCCUACCUCCCCCCGAGAGCAGGACAGCCGUCCGCUGAAGAAGCGUAAGACCCGACGGCCAAGCUGGACCAGGCUGGUGAACCGGGCACAGAGACUGGCAGAGAACCCAGAUGGCCGCCAAGAUGCCCCCUUAGUUGCCCCACAGACCCCACUACCCCCAGACAUCCCCCCUACCCCCAGACACCCGCAACUACCAACUCACCCAACCUUCGGUCAGCUGAGUCAUGCCUAGCC